UCUUACAACACUUCGCGUAGAAAGUCGCGGCUAGUACACCAUCGCGAAAAGGCACGGAUCUCGCGGCGAUACCUAGCGAGCGGCAGUCAUUUGUUGUCAGGCGAUUGUUGCGUACCUGUUUACCACCUCGAGAUCGACGACAACCGCGACACUCACCGACCACCGACAACGUUCAUCCCCGUCGCGCGUAUCCAAUGAGUCAGAAUCUGCGCCCUUUGGUCAGUGCCCUCGUGAAGAGAAUCAGCAAGCACCCCAGAGUGCUCGUCGGACUUAAAUUGGUAAAAAUCGGGUUGUCCGCCAUUCUACCCUUUUCCGUUCUGCCCGUGAACGACUUCUUAGACGAAGCUCUGGCCCUGGACCUUUCCUAAACGGCAAAAUUCGACGUUUAUUGUUGAUCUAUUUGAAAUUUCUCGCGCUCACGGCAGUCCUCAGUUUCGUGACCUACCUUUAUAUGAUUUACAUCUCGAAGGAGUCUUUUUGAAGUGUUGAGGUGAUUUUCCCCCCUGGCUCCUGAUAGUGUAAUGAUUUAGUGUGUCCCCCGUGACAGAAAACCAGUGUUCCACGUAUUAUUCUAACAGAAGAAUGAGGAGGCCGCCUGGCCUGUGGAUACUCUUAUCGGCAGGAGUUGUUUGGUUGAGCCUUCAAAAUGCUCACGGACUAAGGGCGACAUCGUUAAUUUUUGGGAAAACCACUACAACGACAACCACCACUGCCAAAACAGUCAGCGAAGAACCAGAAGUAGUUGAAGAAGAGACUGCCACCACCGAUUUAAGCGGCGAUCCGAACGCGACCAAGCCAACUCUGACGGGUAACCCGCAGUUAGACUAUAUCUGGGAUCCUAAUCUGCCCAAGGAGCUCAAUGGCUACAACUUGUCGGACUAUCCUUUCUAUGAAAGGGUUCCCGAGGACAUAGAUUUCAAGUGUGAUGGGCUGCACGAUGGCUUCUACGCCAGCGUGGCCCACAAGUGUCAGGUAUAUCACCAUUGCCUUUAUGGUACAAGGUACGAUUUUCUAUGUGCCAACUAUACUGCCUUUGACCAAAAGACAUUCAUCUGCCACUUCGCUUCUGAAGUUGACUGUGCCAAUUCUAAGAAAUUUUGGCAUAGGAAUGACGCCCUGUAUAAAGCAGUAACCACGACCACUGUCAAACCGUUUGUGAUUUACACCACGGCUCCCCCUCUUCCAGCAAUACCAGUCGUACCCGUUCAGCCUGCCCCUCUACCCCCCACAGGUCCGGGUUCGAGGAGACCUGUUGGAGGAAGAAGAAGACCUUUUAGAAGAAGAAGACCUCAGUAUGACUACUACGAUGACGAAUAUUACGAUGACUAUGAGGAGAGACCGAGGUCGAACAGAGGGAGAAAAAGGCCUAGACCACGACCUAGGCCUGUCUAUGAUGACGACUAUGAAGAAGACUACGAGGACGAUAGGUACCAGAGGAGGGGUGGGGGGAGUAGAAGGGAAGAAGGGAGGAGGCCUUAUGAUAGAAGAUCAGGGAAUAGAAGAAGGAAUAAAGACAGAGUUAAGGAGGAAUAUGAAGAUGAAGAAACUGAUGGCAGACUUGAAGAUGAAGAUUUUGGCUUGGGUACUAGAAGGAAACCAACUGACAGGAAAAGGCCAGAGGAUGGUGAAGAAGAAAGAUAUUCUGUAAACAGAAAGCGUCGUCCAUUCGCUGAAAGACCUGAAGAAUAUGACAAACCAGCUCCCAGAAAAGGUCAGAGAAGGCCCCCUAAAGAUGACUAUGAAGACGACCUAGAGGAGGAAGACGCUAGAAGUUAUGAAAGGCCUAGAAAAACUACUGAUCGAAGAAGUAAACCUAGGGAUGAUACCAGAGCAAUCAUAAAACCUGUCAGUGGGACUAUCUAUGACCGUCCUCGCGUGGCGCCUAGAAUCAAACUGCCAGUGCCUAAAAAUGAAGCCGACAAGUACGCAUAUAAGCCUGUGGAAACACAAGCUACGGCAAUUUCUCAGGAACAUGAAGAAGAUUAUUAUGAUGAUUACGAAGAACCUGUACCGGCCCAAAAAAAUUCUAAAAAGCAGCAGUCCAGAGACAGAGAUGAAGAUACUAGGAAGCAAACGUCGUCUUUAUCAAGACCACGAAGGCCUGAUCCGUAUGACAUUGAAGACAGACCUGUAACAAAAGUAAACAGAGACAGAACUAAAAGACCCGUUUCAAAAGACUACUAUGAUGAUUACGAAGAAGAGGAAGAAGAAAAAGAAAUUCACAGACCGUCCGCAAUGCGAAACAGUGAGAAAAGAACUAAACUUUUAUCUGCUACAAGUACCACCACAUCAACUACCGCAGCUCCCUUGGAGAAAGUUGAGCAACCAGUUGUGCGCUUAGUUAAAAGGCCUUUUUUACCCAGUAGAGGCGGAAACCCAUUUGCAGCUAGAGGCCUGCAACCAGUCGGAAACAAAGCUAUGGCAAAAAUACCUGAGAAAGUUCUUGGAGAAGAUAUUCAGCAGGAUAAUAUCAGAAAAGAAGAGGAACCUUACGAUACAGAACCAGAGACAUUCAAACCUUCGGUGGCUAUUAAUAGUGACGAUUUCCGUCAACGAACUACAGAGUUACGUAAACCUUAUCAGUCACAGAAUUUUGCUGGCCCUAGAACUACGCAAAAACCGAAGUUGCCUGAGCGCAACCCUUUGGAUAUAAAUGAAGAAGACUAUGAUGUCACCCUUAACGAUGCUCUUAACCCAACACUGCCAAAUAUCCCUAUAAGGGGGUCCCCAGCUGGGUUUAGUACUGGGGGUGAUUAUUCGUAUGUCGAAGUGCAACGACCUAGGUAUAGUUUAGAUCCCGCAGCGAGUCCGACUAGUUCCGAGUAUAAUUAUCAGACAAAGCCUUUGAGGCAGACGUUUCAGCCACAACGCGAGCAAUUCACCCACACAAACGUCGACUACACAGGGCAGUACAGCAACUACAGACCUCGACAGGUGCAACAGCAGACAGAGGUGUACUACUCAAGAUAUUAAAAUACUCAAAGCCAUAUAGGUUACGAUUAGAUGUAAUUUGUUAGGAAUAUUUAAUUUUGCUAUUUAUAGUCGUGAUGGUUGUGUAAAUUGUUAUUGAAAUUAAUAAAAAAAAAUUAAAACUUC